GGUGCGUUAAUCAACACACCUCAGCUGACGCGACCAGGUAAGGUCAGCGCGCAUGCGCAGUAAGCUAGUUCAGUGUUCGUAAUGAUAUAUAUAUACUAGAGGCUUUAGAACCACACCUACUCGUGACGUGUGCAAUGCGAACAGGACCAGUAACCCUGAGUUCCUGAGCGUUCACAAAAUAGAUGAAAGGUAUCGACAGUAUCGCCCUCCCAGUAAGUUUGUGCUUUAUUUAUCAGGAGGCGAACCUUUGCUUUUUCAAGUAAAACGCAGACUAAAAGAGGAUCACGGACAACAUGGCGACACACAGACGACACAGGAAUGGGAGAGGACCGAUGACAAAAGGAGACAUGGUGGAGUUCCGGCGCACAUUCUAUUCUCACUGGGGCGUCUAUAUAGGUGACGGACGUGUGAUUCACAAGUCAAUGAACGAAAGAGAAAGCAGAUGGGACAGUUUUCGUUUCCUGAGCCCUUUCUCCUGCUGUGGUGUGAUACUGAAGAAGACAUCUGUCCAUAUAGCUCCAAUUCAUCGCAUUGAUCGCAAUGGUUCCGCUCGAUGCAAUAAUUAUUUAGACAGCACAAAACAACCAUUGCCAACUGAUACGAUCAUGCGAAAUGCAUUUUCAAAACAAAAUGAGGAAAGCUACAAUCUCUUUUAUGACAACUGCGAGCACUUCGCCACCUGGUGUCGCUAUGGAGAGGCCCUCAGUCAGCAAGUCAGGGACUGUCUUGUUUUUCUUGUUCCCAUUGUUGCUAUUAUAUUGCUUUAUACAUAUUAUGUGAAAUAUUAAAGUUUAUUUUGGCUGUUUCUGAUUCCUUAACCUGUCCUUUUUCAGUUUGUAAAAUAAAUGUUUUGAAAGUCUU